AUGUUGAACACGAGUAACGCAGCCACUGGCAACACUAGUAACGCAGCCACUGGCAACACUAGUAACGCAGCCACUGGUAACACUAUUAACGCAGCCACUGGUAACACAGCCACUGGUAACACUAGUAACGCAGCCACUGGCAACACUAGUAACGCAGCCACUGGCAACACUAGUAACGCAGCCACUGGUAACACUAUUAACGCAGCCACUGGUAACACUAGUAACGCAGCCACUGGUAACACUAGUAACGCAGCCACUGGCAACACUAGUAACGCAGCCACUGGUAACACUAGUAACACAGCCACUGGUAACACUAGUAACGCAGCCACUGGCAACACUAUUAACGCAGCCACUGGCAACACUAGUAACGCAGCCACUGGUAACACUAUUAACGCAGCCACUGGUAACACAGCCACUGGUAACACUAGUAACGCAGCCACUGGUAACACUAUUAACGCAGCCACUGGUAACACUAGUAACGCAGCCACUGGUAACACUAGUAACGCAGCCACUGGCAACACUAGUAACGCAGCCACUGGUAACACUAGUAACGCAGCCACUGGUAACACUAGUAACGCAGCCACUGGCAACACUAGUAACGCAGCCACUGGUAACACUAUUAACGCAGCCACUGGUAACACUAGUAACGCAGCCACUGGCAACACUAUUAACGCAGCCACUGGUAACACUAGUAACGCAGCCACUGGUAACACUAGUAACGCAGCCACUGGUAACACUAUUAACGCAGCCACUGGUAACACUAGUAACGCAGCCACUGGUAACACUAGUAACGCAGCCACUGGUAACACUAUUAACGCAGCCACUGGUAACACUAGUAACGCAGCCACUGGCAACACUAGUAACGCAGCCACUGGCAACACUAGUAACGCAGCCACUGGCAACACUAGUAACGCAGCCACUGGUAACACUAGUAACGCAGCCACUGGUAACACUAUUAACGCAGCCACUGGUAACACUAGUAACGCAGCCACUGGUAACACUAGUAACGCAGCCACUGGUAACACUAGUAACGCAGCCACUGGCAACACUAGUAACGCAGCCACUGGCAACACUAGUAACGCAGCCACUGGCAACACUAUUAACGCAGCCACUGGUAACACUAGUAACGCAGCCACUGGUAACACUAGUAACGCAGCCACUGGUAACACUAGUAACGCAGCCACUGGUAACACUAGUAACGCAGCCACUGGUAACACUAGUAACGCAGCCACUGGUAACACUAGUAACGCAGCCACUGGUAACACUAUUAACGCAGCCACUGGUAACACUAGUAACGCAGCCACUGGUAACACUAGUAACGCAGCCACUGGCAACACUAUUAACGCAGCCACUGGUAACACUAGUAACGCAGCCACUGGUAACACUAGUAACGCAGCCACUGGUAACACUAUUAACGCAGCCACUGGUAACACUAGUAACGCAGCCACUGGUAACACUAGUAAAGCAGCCACUGGUAACACUAGUAACGCAGCCACUGGUAACACUAGUAACGCAGGCACUGGUAACACUAGUAACGCAGCCACUGGUAACACUAGUAACGCAGCCACUGGCAACACUAGUAACGCAGCCAGCCUUACAUUCAGCACCUUUCAUUGUGCAUUAAUUUUGUUUGUUUGA